GUGUGCGCGGGCGUGUGUGAACGCAUGUCAAGGUGGCAAACUUUUCAAAGACGUCACGCCAAUGGCUCCCACAGCAUUAUAGCGCUUCAGAUAUCAUCUGCACCUGCAAGUCUUUAUGACAGCUUCGUAACGUUAUCAUUAUCAUCAUCCGAGCAGGUAAAAACAAAAACAACUGUGGCCUCAUCCACUGUGACGCACUAUGAGUCUGUCUCUUCAUGAGCUCCUGGUCUGCUGCAGGGGCCUGGAAAAUGACAGAGCAACAGAGAGGAAGAAAGAGGCUGAACGCUUCAGACGACUCCUUCGACAGCCAGAGAUUGUACAGGAGUUGGAUCGAACCUCGGGAUCUAAAGAUAAAACCUCCAAGCAACUGACAUGGGAUGCUGUUUUCAGGUUUCUGCAGCGUUAUGUUCAGAAAGAGACAGAAAGCAUGCAAUCAGGCAAAUCUGUCACAUCGACAACGCUGGCCACUCGGAAGAAGAAGAUGGCUGAAACAUGCAGUUUGAUCAAAUACUUCAUUCGCUAUGCAAACAAACGGGGGCCACGUUUGAAGUGCAGCGAGCUACUGAAACAUGUGAUGGAGGUGCUGCAGAGUUCGUAUAGCUGCUCAGCUUAUGGAGAAGAUUACAGCAGCCUCCUGGUGAAGGACAUCCUCUCUGUCCGCAAGUACUGGUGUGACAUCACCCCAGAGCAGUGGCACAACCUUUUGGACAUGUACUGCAGCUUCUUCAGCUCGUCAUCCAAAUCCAUCAAUCGUGUCUUGGUGAGCAGAGUCAUCCACACAGUGGUGCAGGGCUGCUGCAUGCAGACGAAUGGAUUUAACAACACUCUGUUCAGCUUCUUCUCCAAAGCACUGCUUAAUGCCAAGCAGGAGAAGCACCUGACUGUUUUGGAGCAUCUUGUUUCGGCUCUCAACAUCUUCUUGAGAUCUGCGGCCAUGAACUGUCGGAUGAGGGUGUGCCACCUGGGAGAGGAGCUUCUGCCUUCGAUACUGUACGUCUGGGCAGAUAUGAGACCAAGUGCUGUGUUCAAAGAGGAGAUUGUGAACUUCUUCAAACUGCAAAUAUGUGUGCACCACCCCAGAGGAGCCAAGACACAGGACACAGGUGCUUAUGCUGAGGACUGGGCUCGGUGGCGGAGUCUGCUGUACAACCUGUAUGAUGCUUUGGUCAGAGAGAUUGGCCAUAUAGGCAGCAGAGGGAAGUAUAUCACAGGGAUGAGGCACAUAGCCGUCAAAGACAAUCUCAUCGAGCUCACAGCUGACAUCUGUCACCAGCUGUUUAGUGAUGACAGUGACACCGAUAUGUUAGAGGUGACCCAGGCAUUUGCCACUCAGAUAGGCAGUCCCACCCACGGAACAGCCAGCAAGCGGCGCCGAGUCAAACUGGGCUGGGAGGUCCUCCGGGACCAUCUGCAACCUCAGGACAGUGACUUUGAUGUCAUACCAUGGCUGCAGAUCACUGCAGUGCUCAUCUCUAAAUACCCGUCCAUGGUGCCCAGCCAGGAGCUGGCCCCGCUGCUCUCAGUGUUGUACCAGUUUCUAGCAGAGCAGCGGAGAGGGGAGAGGGGACGCUAUGUGCUGCGCUGUCUGAGGGAGGUGAACCGAUGCCAGGCCCUCUACCCAGAGAGGGCCCAAGUCCACAAGGCUGAGCUCAGUAAGCUGUGGGGGCGGGUGUGGGUCCUUGCGCUGCGAGGGGUCAGCUCACCUCAGGCUGAAGUUCUCAGCCUAGACUUGCUCGGCUCCAUUGUCCAGGAUGGACUGAUAAAUAUGGACAGAGAGUUCUGGAAGCUCUUUUCUGGAUGUGCAUGCAAACCAUCCCAGAGUGCUGCACUCUGUCUCUCCCAGGCCCUGCUAAAGUGUCCAGUCCCUAAAAGUCUCAUAUCAAGCUCAGGCUGGGACUGUGUGGGAGUCGCAGAGGGACCUGGGUCACCGAACCUAAAGGAGAGCCUCAUAGCCUGGUUGCUGAUGACAGAUCAGAGUGAUGAGAUGGAGGAUACCUCUAGACCUCACCCCAUCAUCUGCAGAGAUUUUCCCUACAGUCUAAUAGCGAACAUCCUGGUCUCCCUUACCUUGAAAGACACCAGAGCUGGCCUGAAGUUUCUGCUGGGUGCUGAGGGAGUAGAGUGUGCACUUUUUCAAGAACAAGCAUCCCUCAGCCCCAAAGACAGCCUGGAAGAGAUUGAGAGGCUGUACUUGCAGUUCGGAUUUAACAUGCUGCCCUCACACAUUCGAGGGACUGAAGAGUCAAUGAAGAUGUCACAAACCGACAGCCAAUUCACUGUAGUCCCCAGCCUCAGAAACAAGUUGGAGCAGUCCCUUCUCUGUGUGGCUGACAGCCUACUCAGCUGCUACUCUCCUGAUUCUCAGUCCACCUCUCCAGAGUGUCUGGUGCGCUGUUUCACUCUGCUGACUGGUGUCCUAGCAGGUUAUAUCGCCACCGGAUAUUUGGCUGAGGAGGAGGCCUGCUGCUCACAGCUCUUCACUAAAGCCAAGGCCCUGGCCCAGGAGCUCAAAGAUUUUGUUUCUACUGUGAAAGUGAAAAUGACAGAGGAAGGGACCAUGACCACACUGAGAUCCACCAUGAAGCUCUGCACACAGCCAGCCAGCGGAUUAGACAAGGAUAACGUUUGUUCUGUCUUCUCCCGCCUUUUUAUUAUGAUUUUGCCUGCUACUCUGCUCAGUGAACUGGCAGAGAUCUGCAAACUGUUGUUAAGCAGUGUCUCUAAGAGAGUCAGUGUUGUGGAUGAUGGUGAUCCUAUAGAUGUUGACGGGGAGAUUACCAGAACUCAACAAGGGGAUGAUAUCGACCUGUUUGAGGAUGGUGAAGAGUCCCAUAGCAGCAACAAUGGGACCCACAGACAGAAGGGAGAAAACACAGACACUUCCUAUGGGCCAGGUGCAACAAGCCUGUUAGCAGAGGACCAUCUGGCCCAGCAGGACCUGGCUCUUCUUGCAGUCUUGGAGUUCUUGUGUAAGUGUGGCUCUGCCCAGCCCAUCCACGGCCUCCUUUUUAAACCACAGGAGGUGCGGCGCAGGCUGCUGCUGCUGGUCAAGCAGAUAGACUUCAGCAAAGCCCUCCACAUCAAUAUGUAUCUUAUCCUGUUGAAGAAGCUUCCCACAGAGGACUCUCUCUCUCCAGAGGAAUUUGAUUCGCUGCUCCGUUCUCUGGCUGACCUGUGUAACCUGUACCGUCAGGACCAAGACAUCUGUGCUGCUGUGCUGCUGGGUUUGUUACCUUCCAUCAAGACCCUGGGGAAAACCCAUCACAUGCUGGAGGAGAUGAGACAUGUUAAGGGAUCUUUGCUAGAAGUGGUGUCUGGAUUCUGCUUCCUGAGCCAAACGGGUAAAUGCAUUGCAACUGUGCGAGCUGCUUUAGUACGAUGUCUGGUUGCUUUGCUGGAGGCUGACCCAUGUUGUAAGUGGGCAGUCCUGAGCCCUGGCAGAGAAGAGGGCCGUCCGGUGUCUGUCAUCCUUCCAUCUUACCUUGCAGAUGCCCACCACCAAGUCCGCAUGCUGGUAGCCAUGUCACUGGAGAGGUUGUUUGUGGAGGUGAAACUGGAUCAUCCAGAAGAAAGGAAGAUGUUGCUGCUAAAACACCAGCAGGCUGCUUUUGAAAAUGUUUACCUGAAGGCUCAGGAAGGAAUGAGGCUCCCGAGAAGCAGCUCUUCAGAGGAGCAGCAAGAUGAGGCGUUCAACCGGAAGGCCACCCUGCUGAAGAGUUUGUCCGUUGUGCUGUGUUGUAGCCCCGUGUGUGAAAAACUGUCUCUGUUCGCCCUCUUCCAGUCCUACAAGGAAAACGAUAUCGAGGAACAGCUCAUCAAAAAGAUGUUGUGCAGUGUAUCCAGAGCACUGGGCUACAGGAGCAUAAAAACAUUUGUCAGCUCACACCUAAACUACUUGGUGGCUGAGUGGCUCGGCCAGCGACAGUCUGACGACCGCUACUGUCUUGGAUCUUUCCCCUACACCCUGCUAGACCACAACAUGGUCAAAGAUUUCUAUAACUCUUCCUACCAGGUGCUAAUCCCCCACCUGGUCUUCCUGGAUGACUUUUUAACGGUGAAGUCUAUCGGCAGGUGUCUGGAGAAGGACUGGAAACAGCUGUUGGCCGACUGUUUCCCCAAGAUCAUGGUCAACAUUCUGCCGUACUUUGUCAUAUCUGGUCAUGAUUCACAAGUUACACAGCAGAGAGAGAAGGCCCACAGGGUGUAUGAUCUGCUCAAAGAUGCCAACUGUCUGGGCAAACAGCAAAUUGACAACCUGAUCCAGAGUAACCUGGCAGACAUAGUGGUGGAACUGUUGCUCACUCUGUAUGAAGGAGGCGAAGGUGACAGUGGAGACCUGAAAGGCUUUAUAGGGGAACUGGACCCUGUACCAAACCCACCAUACUUCAGCUCCCACGUCAUCAAAGCUACUCUGGAUUAUCUCAGCAAGUGUUGCAGUGCAAACCACAAGUCUUUGGUAGCCAUUCUGUCAAAAACUCCGAUUUCCAUCCAGAGGAUUCUGCUGGCGAUUUGUGAACGGGCAGCGGAGACGACCAACAGCUAUGAACGUCAUCGUAUUUUCCUCAUGUAUCACCUGUUUGUCAAUCUGCUGCUUAGAGAGUUAAAGGGCGGUCUGGGAGGAUCUUGGGCCUUUGUUCUCAGAGACAUCAUCUACACACUCGUACACCAUAUCAACAGCAGACCAGUCCAGUGUGAUGAGGUUUCUAACAGGAGCCUCUCUCUGUGCUGUGACCUGUUGUCCUCUGUGUGUCGGGCAGCGCUGCAGUUCUGUGAUGACGCUAUAGACUGCCACCUACAGGUCAUUGUUGGAACUCUCACAACUCAGGUGAUGAGCCAGCCUGCCGUCUCACAGCAGGCGCUCAGUCUGUUGCAGUUUCUCGUGAUUGAGAACCAGCAGAAGUUGAAGGGAGCCAUAAGCAGGUUGGAGCCUUUCCCCAACCUCCCUGAAUUCAAACAGCUGCGGUCUGUACAGCAGAAACUCAAGUAUAACAAUGGGACUUUUACACUUAGACAGGAGAUAACCCACUUUCUGUCAGUGACGUCCUGUGACUCCUUACCCCUGACCAGACUGGAGGGACUAAAGGAGCUGACCCGACAGCUGCAUGACAACAAGGGACAGAUCAGAGGGCUGCUCAAAGAGUGCCACGCUGACCCUACUGAUAGUGUGCUGGUGAAGCUGGUUCUCAGUCUGCUACAGCUCUGUAAGCUAGCAGGCAGCCAUCCUGGAGGGGCCAACAUUCUAGAAGCAGCAGGGAGCUGUCUGGGAGAACUGGGUCCAGUGGAUUUCUCCACCAUCGCCCUGCUCCAUGGCAGAGAUCCCCUCUAUGAAAAGGCUGAGUCUCGCUUCACCUCCACUGACUCGCGUUGUCUUUUCAUCAUCCUCAGCUGCAUGAAUGAUGCGCUCACUCAACAGCGUAUUGAGGUGAGGCGGGCAGCAGCUCAGUGUGUGAAAAACAUCCUCGCCGCUCAGUCGGGAGUGGACUUCUGGGAGCAAAACAAAGACAGCCAAGACCACAUGCUGAUUUACCUCAAUCCCUUUAGAAAGGCCAAGAGCAUGGUGAUGGCUGUGAGUGCUGAAGACAGGUCAAAGGCUCGGGAGAGGCUCGAGGAACAGAAGUUUUGGAUUCCUCAGGCGGUCGGCCACAAGGCCUGGCUGAAGGCUCUGUGCGCCACCCUGCUGGACAGCGGUGGUGUCAGGAGUGAGGCGCUGCUAAUGUCGCGACCGCUGUGUCUGGUGAGGGUGGACUGUUGUCAAAAGUUGUUACCUCUCAUCAUCCACUCCAUCCUUCUAGAUGACGUCGACGGUUCAUGGAGGAAGCUGCUCUCGUCCCACAUCCAGGACUUUUUCAGCUUUUGUUCCAGAAGUGCUCAGGCCUGCAGUCGGUCUGCCACACCUCUCAACUCUGAUUCUGAGUCGGACACUGCCAGCCAGGGCUUGUAUGACAAGGCUUCACUGCGUACCAUGCUGACAGUUAUUGACUACUUAAGACAUCAACAGAGACCACUGGAGUCUGAUAGUAAUUCAUGCCCCACGGUGUGCGACUCAAACUUCUGGCUGGAGCUGAACUAUUUGGAGGUGGCCAAAGCUGCUCAGUCCUGCUCAGCUCACUUCACCGCUCUGCUUUACAUUGAGAUAUAUGUUGAUAAAAUUAAAGCCAACAUGGAGGAAAGUUGCAGAAUCAAGUCUAGAGCAACACAGAAGCUCAAUUUUGAAGAGAGUAGCCAGAGCCUCACCAUCUCCAGCCUGACUGAGAAGAGUAUGGAAGACACCAACAUCAGUCUGCAGGAGUUGCUGAUUGAGGUGUAUCGGAGCAUUGGGGAGCCUGAUAGUUUGUACGGCUGUGGAGGGGAGACCAGUUCGUUGACCAGGAUUCGAACCUAUGAGCAUGAGGCUAUGUGGGGGAAGGCCCUGACCGCUUAUGACCUUCACUCUACUCUGCCUGAGGUCACACGACAAGUGGGAAUCGUGGAGGGCCUGCAGAACUUUGGCCUGAGCAGCAUCCUCACGACCUACAUGAGGGGUCUGGAGAGUGAAGGGGUGGAGUGGGGAGCUGAGCUGAGGGAGCUCCGCUUCCAGGCUGCCUGGAGGAUCACCCAGUGGGACUGUGAGCUGUCCGAGAGGAGUGAAAAAUCCAAACCUGGCUUCCAUGAAUCAGUGUUUUGUUCCCUGCAAGCACUGAGGGACAAAGAGUUCUCCACAUUUGAUGAAAUGCUGAAACAGGCCAGGGCUGCAGAAAUGGAAGAGCUGUGCAGAGGAAGCCUAGAGGCUGUGUCUUCUCUGUACCCAGCCCUCAGGAACCUGCAGUGCAUCAGGGAGCUGGAGAGUGUUAAACAGCUCUUCUCCAGGCCUUUUUCAGAUGACACUCUUAGGGACGUUUGCAGUCAGUGGCGUCAGCACUCCCAGCUCCUCGUUAACAGCGACUUCGCUUUAGUGGAGCCCAUUCUGGCAGUCCGCACUGUGGCCCAGCACACCCUGUUGUCCAAGGUGGGAGAAGACCCCACCAGCAGCCAGUACAUCACCUCUGCACUAACAGGCCACCUCAUGGAGCUCUGCCAGUUGGCUCGCAAGGCUGGGAAUACACAGCUGGCAGAGCGGGCAGUUUUCCAGAUGAAGGAGCACGCAGGAGGAGGGUCCUGGGUGUCAUCCCCUGAGUUGUCAUGGCAAUUGGAGGAGGCCCAGGUGUUUUGGGCAAAGAGAGAGCAGGGGCUGGCUCUGGGCCUGCUGAGACGGAUGAUACAUAACCUAGAAGAAAAGGUGGCCUUUGAUCCUGCUCUGGCCCCAGUCCACACUGAGUGUCUCAGGCUUUGUGGAAACUGGUUGGCUGAGACCUGCCUUGAAAAUCCUGGAGUGAUACUGGAGAAGUACCUGGAGAGGGCAGUGGAGGUGAUCGAGGGGCAUUCAGGAGCGCAAGACCCCAGGCUCCAGAGUCAGAGGACUGAGGCCUUCCUGUCUCUUGCCCGCUUCUCUGAUGCUCAGUACCAGAGCAUCGACAAAUACAUGCGCUCCUCUGAGUUUGAGAACAAGCAGGCCUUGCUGGAAAAGGCCAAAGAAGAAGUGGACCUGAUGAAGGAGCGUAGAGUGUCAUCCAACAGAUACACAAUAAAGGUGCAAAGAGAGCUGGAGCUGGAUGAGAAGGCAUUGUCGAACCUGCAGGCAGACAGACAGCGCUUCCUGUGUAAGGCAGUGGAGAAUUACAUCCAGUGUCUGGAACAAGGUGAGGAGCACGACACCUGGGUGUUCCGCCUGGCUUCGCUCUGGCUGGAGAAUGCUGACGUUAAAGCCAUAAAUGACAUGAUGAAGAAAGGGGUGAAACAGAUCCCCUCCUACAAGUUUUUGCCUCUCAUGUAUCAGCUGGCUGCACGCAUGGGAACCAAGAUGGCAGCUGGCAGCACUGAGGAUGCGGGAUUCCAUGAUGUCCUUAACAAUCUGAUCUGCCGAGCAUCACUGGAGCAUCCUCACCACACGCUCUUCAUCAUCCUCGCCCUGGUGAACGCCAACAAAGACGAGAGCUUCUGCAGGACGCGGGCGUCCAAGAGCGCUCCACCGCAGCCAUCUCCAUUCGACCUGGAGCGUUCGGACGUGGCCCGGAAGAUCAUUAACAUGAUAAGAAAAAAGAGAGCGGAGCUGAUCCGUGGGAUAGAGUAUCUGUGUGAUGCCUACAUCACUCUGGCUUAUAUGGAUGCCAGCAAGCACAAGACUGAGAAGAAGGCUAUUCCCAUCCCUGCAGAUCAGCCCAUCAUGCAGAUCAAAAACCUGGAUGAGGUUGUUAUCCCCACAGUAGAGAUCAAGGUGGAUCCAUCCGGUUGCUAUGACAACCUGGUGACUGUCCAAGCCUUCAAGCCCCAUUAUCACCUGGUCGGAGGAGUCAACCUGCCCAAGAUCAUAGACUGUGUUGGUUCUGAUGGAAAGAGCAAGAGACAGUUGGUCAAGGGUCAGGACGACCUGCGGCAGGAUGCAGUGAUGCAGCAGGUCUUCAGCAUGUGCUCCAUGCUGCUGCAACGCAACACGGACACUCGCAAGAGAAAGCUCAACAUCAGACGAUACAAGGUGGUGCCGUUCUCGCAGCGCAGCGGCGUGUUGGAGUGGUGUUCAGGCACGGUGCCCAUCGGGGAGUUUCUGGUGGAUCCCAACAAAGGAGCACACAAACGCUUCCGGCCUCAAGACUGGACCAACUUAGCUUGCCGCAUGAAGAUGAUGGAGGCGCAGAGACUUGCAUUUGAUGGGAAGCUCCAAGCCUACAAUGAGGUGUGCAAGAAAUUCAGGCCAGUCUUCAGGUUUUUCUGCAUGGAACGGUUCCUGGAUCCUGCGGUGUGGAUGGAGAAACGGCUGGCCUACACCCGCAGCGUGGCCACCUCCUCUAUAGUUGGCUACAUCCUAGGUCUGGGAGACAGACAUAUCCAGAACAUCCUGGUUGAUGAGCAGACUGCUGAACUGGUGCACAUUGAUUUAGGCGUGGCUUUUGAGCAAGGCAAGAUCCUCCCCACCCCAGAGACUGUCCCCUUCAGACUCUCCAGAGACAUCGUGGAUGGGAUGGGAAUCACUGGAGUGGAGGGAGUUUUCAGGAGGUGUUGUGAGAAGACCAUGGAGGUGAUGAGGAGCUCUCAGGAAGCUCUGCUGACUAUUGUAGAGGUGCUGCUGUACGACCCUUUGUUCGACUGGACCAUGAACCCUCUGAAGGCCUUCUACCUGCAGCAUGACGAGCAGCAAGAGCUCAACGCAACGCUCAGCACCACUAUGGGCGGGGAUGAUAUAGAUAACCACCGUAAAUCCAGUGACAGUCAGAGCUUCAACAAGGUGGCGGAGCGAGUGCUGCUGCGGCUGCAGGAGAAGCUGAAGGGGGUGGAGGAGGGUACGGUGCUUAGCGUGGGGGGACAGGUCAACCUGCUCAUCCACCAAGCGAUGGACCCCAAAAACCUCAGCAGACUGUUUCCGGGCUGGCAAGCCUGGGUGUAGACACCACCUGAGUAAACCCUACUUCAGCUAAUAAGAGGAAUCGAUAUAUUUUUUCACUAUAUGAUCAGCUGAGGUGGUUGCUCAGCUGAUUUCAUAAUUUUCACAGAUGAGCCUUGGAACAUAAACACAGUUCAUUUCUGGGUCGAACUUAAAAACAUUUUCUUGGUUAGUUUUUAAUUUCUCCUUCAUGAUCAAAAAAGGACCUCCAUAGCUUUGAAUAAAUGAAGUUUUCAUAACAGACAGUCAUUUUGAAUCUUUAGCUUCUACAAACCUACCAAAGAUCACUCAUUCUUUGCUGCAGUUUACUGUGUACUGCAAGAUCCUGAAGGGAUUUUAAAAGAAACCGUGGUGUCCUGGUUUAAAGGAUGACACAUUUACUGUAAAGUCUAGAUUGUUUCUGUAUUUCACUUGAUUGGAAUGUGAAUGUUUUGUCUUGUCUGGAGUCGUGAGCAUUUGCCUAUGAAUUGCCGAAACUCUACCAUGAAUGUAUGAUAUACUUUUAAAUGAAGUGCACUUGAAAUGCCAUUUAAAUCCUUUUAUCCAGCAGGGGUUUGUUUCGGUUCAGCUGUUCAGGUCUUUUAGUAGUGGAUUACUGAUUAUUUAGGUAUUUUAUAAAACCACUUCUCAUUUAGAAAUGUAUGCGUGUACAGUUUUCAGCUAUUCAACAGCAACUUUACAAUUUACAUGUUCUGUAGAAGAUUCUGCUCUUCAAAAUAAGUAUUAAAUAAGCAAACAGCAGUAAAAAUAAA